CCAUCACUACAUCACACUCUUCUCCACUUAGUGCAGAGCAAAUUCGAUCAUUGUGUCGAUUGCCAUUCUAGUUCUAGAUCUUGAUAUAGAUCUAGAUUUAGAUCUAGAUUCUAGAUCUAGAUAUAGAUCUAGAUCUAAUCUUGGUAUAGCUUUUUGCCCUAGAAUCUAUCAUCUUUGUUCGGAAUUAUGGCAGCCCAAGCUUCAGCUGAUCAAGAAGUAGAAGUGAAAGAUGAAGUUCUCCUCACUUGGGUUGGAGAAAUCAAAGUUCUAUACAGGGAUGUGCCUCCCUUGAUGUGUUCUUUGACUGACGACAUGAAGAGCAUGAAAGUUCUAGAGUUUGUGCGGUUUUUACGCAGCCAUCAACAUUUCACUACUGUGGUUGGCGACCUGUCGGAACAGGACACUGCCUUAUUUCUUUUCUGCCCAGGAAACGGGGUUGAGGCGAUGCAUCGAAACUCCAGACUUGGGAACUACUCAGACUCCUUCACAAAGGCAAACUACGUCGCCAUAUCACACAAAGAUCUCAUCAAUGAACGUCAAGCAGAUGCCAUCACUAACAUCAACCUGAAGGAACAGCACGCCCAGUCGUAGAGAGUUCAUAUCUUAUCGCCGACACAUCACGUAUUAAAUAUCAUCAUCUGUGAGGGAGCCAUUUGAAAAAACAAAACGAAUAACAAACUUCACAACA